AUGGUUACAAUAUUGACGUACCACUUGUUGGAAGCAUCAAGCCACCAGGACUACUGCACUCGCACCAUCACAGACCCGAACCGACCAUCCGUGGCGGUAGCGCAGACACUGAGGACUGAAGGUUAUGUCACUCCACUUCCUCUACUUCCUGGUUCGUUCUCGUCCACCAGAGACUCACCGGUAGUUACUGAUGAUGAGGGGCCAGGUGACUCGGAUAUCUGCGGAACCAUCCUGACCCUGUUCCUUCGGGUCUUUGUUGUCUGCACUCUCCCUCUCUCACAUGUUCUUGUGUUACCGCCGAUGAUGGGGAGCCAGGAGACUCGGGAUCUGCGGAACCAUCCUGACCCUGUUCCUUCGGGUCUUUGUUGUCUGCACUCUCCCUCUCUUACAUGUUCUUGUGUUAUAGCUGAUAAUGGGGAGCCAGAAUACUCGGCUGAUGAUGGGGAGCCAGGAGACUCGGGUAUCUGCGGAACCAUCCUGACCGCACUCUCCUGGGUCGUUGUUGUCUGCACUCUGCCCUUCUCCCUCUUCGUAUGUUUUAAGGUUGUGCAAGAGUACGAGAGGGCGGUGAUAUUUAGACUGGGGCGCCUGGUGUCUGGUGGGGCUAAGGGUCCAGGGAUAUUUUUUAUCCUCCCAUGCAUCGACAACUAUGCCAGAGUCGACCUGCGCACGCGUACGUACGAUGUGCCCCCGCAGGAGGUGUUGACCAAAGACAGCGUCACUGUGUCAGUGGACGCCGUGGUGUACUACAGAGUGUCCAACGCUACCAUAUCUGUGGCCAAUGUGGCCAACGCCCAUCACUCGACCCGCCUGUUGGCUCAGACCACACUACGGAAUGUGCUGGGCACCCGGCCUCUACAUGAGAUACUCAGCGAUCGCGAGGCUAUCUCCAACACCAUGCAGACAUCAUUAGACGACGCAACAGAGGCAUGGGGAAUCAAAGUAGAACGAGUUGAAAUCAAAGAUGUCCGCUUGCCUGUGCAGCUGCAGAGAGCAAUGGCGGCAGAGGCGGAGGCUGCUCGAGAGGCUAGAGCCAAAGUAAUCGCAGCCGAAGGAGAGCAGAAAGCUUCUCGUGCGCUAAGAGAGGCCUCAGAGGUGAUAGGAGAUUCACCGGCAGCGCUACAGUUGCGAUAUUUGCAGACUCUAAACACGAUAUCUGCCGAGAAGAACUCGACCAUAGUGUUCCCAUUGCCCAUAGACUUGCUCACUUACUUCGUCAGAGCCAAGGAACAUAGAGAGCAUGCCUCUUAGGUCUCUUCGAUCUUUCAGUUUAUUUACGAACGCAGUGUCUAUUGCGAGUCUGUUCGCAACGACACCUCACUGCAGCCAAGCUAUAAAUAUGCUGUCUUUAUAACGUCAAUAAAAUAUAUUCAAAUAAGACGCUUUGUGACAGGUUCUAAGUUUGUCAUUCGUUUUAUUAUUUGGCACGUAUUAUCCACCCACUGAACAGACCAUGGAAGAGGGAUUGAAAUUACGUAAUAUAGAAAGAUAAUUUAGUAAACAUUAAGAAAGAAUAUUAUUCAAUAGAAAGAAACUGUUUUUUUCACUGCGGUAUAUCUUAAUCCCUUCGAGGUGCAGAGAUUGCUUCAAACGAAACUCCACAAAGCUUCGUUUGUUAUCGUAUUCCUCAUCAGUGCAUUGGGAAAGAAACAUUUCAAUAUAAAGAACUUUAAGCUUUUCACGUACAAGCUAAAAGUUUUUUUGAGUCCGUUCAAAACAUACUAGUGGCAAUCCCAUACCUAAAAACACUACCGUAUUACACUUUUGAAAAUAUUGACGCCAUCUUUGUAUUUUACCAUUUAUAGUUUGAGCUGGCUGUAGUGUGUUACAUUUUCUGUUCUAAUAAAUUAUUCCUUGCAUUAAAAUGCAUGCAAGAAAGACGCCAUAGUGGGAUUAUAAUGAGUUAUGUAAUUCAUAUACAUUCAUAUUCACCAAAGAAAGUGCACUUCCAUACAUAUUUUAUUACACGUUUCUCUCUAAUUAUGAUUAGCUACCGUACUGUCGAAAUGUAUGCAUUCAUUAUGCAAUGAAGCUAAAAUUAAAAAUUCCGGUUCCGCUUUGUAUUAAAAAAAACAAAUACAUGCAGAAAUACAAGUCGAUUGCACAAAUAACUCCAUUCUGUCGAAAAAUAUAUAUUAUAAAAUCAAUGACAGUUGGUGAAUCAUCGCUAUACAAAAAUGUUGGUGAACAAUUACCCGGUUUUCAAGGAAACUUUACAUUUAAGCGUAAAAUACAUAGAAGUGUAACAAAAUAUCCAACAUAGCAGUUAGCAGUUGUGGUAAUCUUUGUUGGUUACGACAAUGCAUUAGUUUAUCUGUGCACAUAAUAUUUAAAGAUAUAUUUUCAUGAAACUGCUAAUAAAUAUUUAUUAUAACUUGACUGGUGACACUUUUGGCCGUUAAACUUAAUUUACUGAUAACCAACUUAAAUAAAUGUUUAAGGAAACCGUAUUAGUACAGAAACUUAUAAAUACAUUUUUAUUUUAGCAGUACGGUAGAUAAACAAAACAUAUAUUUCAUUGUGUAAUAAAUUAAUACAUACAAAAUACUUUCUAGCGGUGUUAAAUGUAAACUUUUAUUCAGUAAAUUAUAAACUGAUGAUCUGGUCAGCAUUCGCCCUAUAGUCAUCAUUAUUGUCGUCAAUGUCAUCACAAAACACACAGCACUCUGGUCGUAUUAAUUGUUUUUGAUGUAUUACAACACCAAGUUUAAUAUUGAUGUAUGUUAAGUGGUAUUGAUGUAUACAAAUAGAUGGUAAAAUAUUAAUUGGUUGUUUGAAAAAUAAAUAGCAAAUAAUUGGUUUUAUAUUGCGUAAAAGCUAUAAAUAGAUGUUGAGACAGAAAUAUGCUUCCAAGUUCAUAGACGGGUUGAAACUACGUGAGACGAAUUACAUAAGUGUACGAAUAAAGACAACAAUUUGAAAAUAUAUGUUUAAUGCAAAAUGAAAGAAUAAAUACAAAUUAUUACAUACAUAAAUAUUUUAUGAUUACUAUGUUUUGUAUUAUAUGCCUGAAAGUCAGAAAAAUAGCAAAACAUAUUCUUAGCAUUGAGGGCUGCUGUAAAAACAAAGCAGUAUUAAAAUAAUCAUGUUUUAUUUCAAAAUAUGGUAUAAAUAUAUUUAUAUCGUCAUAAAAUGUUAUGAUUUAACAUGUGUGUAGUUAUGUCUAUUUUACUCAUUUUACUGCAAAACCCAACGCUUACACUUUUCCUGUCACUAACGUGGGGACUUAUAUGCAUAGAAACGGGGCUUACCUGUGAUACAAUAUACAGUUAAUUGUAUAGUGUGGUUAUGCCUGUAUGUUUUUGUAAAGCUACCAUUUAGCUAUAUUUCGUUCAGGUUACUUUUUUCCUACUUCGGGAAACGAUUUUGUAUAUAAACGAAUAACAUGUGUGUAAGAUAUUUCACUCGUAACAUAUUCUAUAAAUAUGCGUUAAAUGUACGUUAAGACAGUCAGACAUUAUUUUGGUUGUCAUGGAUAAGUAACAACUUACGGACUGCAGCUAAAGUCGUGGCCAGUAACAUGGUUGGUUGAUAUAAGUUGUACUGUAAACAAUCCGAUAAUUAUCAUGGAUAAGUAACUUAACGUACGGAUUGCAGCUAAAGUCGUGGCCAGUAACAUGGUUGGUUGAUAUAAGUUGUACUAUAAACAAUGCGAUAAUUAUCAUGGGUAAGUAAAUAUUGAAAUAUUUCAUUGUGCUGUAACCAUAUAAUUUCAACUACCAAAAUAGAUUUCUCCACCGUUAGCUAACUUUUAAGAUUUCUAACACUGUUGCACUAUGACAAACGUUAACCUAACCACGUUAUCUAGUUGUGGUGACAUCAUUUCCAUUAUCGUAGGCUGCUUUCCAGGAAGUGCCUGACCUCAUUUCAGUGACAUAAACUCAAACUCCCCUCUACUGCACUAUGACUAACGUUAACCUAACCAUGUUAUCUCGUUGUAGUGACAUCAUUUCCAUUAUCGCAGGCUGCUUUCCAGGAAGUGCCUGACCUCAUUUCAGUGACAUAAACUCAAAAUCCCCUCUACUGCACAAUGACACACGUUAACCUAACCAUGUUAUCUCGUUGUAGUGACAUCAUUUCCAUUAUCGUAGGCUGUUUUCCAGGAAGUGCCUGACCUCAUUUCAGCGACAUAAACUCAAAACUCCCCUCUACUGCACUAUGACUAACUUUAACCUGGUUAGGUUAACAACGUGAUAACAUGGUUGUGUUAUCUCGUUGUGGUGACAUCAUUUCCAUUUUCGUAGGCUGCUUUUCAGGAAAUGCCUGACCUCAUUCUUCAGCUACAUAAACCCAAACUCCCCUCUACAGCACUAUGACUAACGUUAACCUAACGAUGUUAUCUCGUUGUGGUGACAUCAUUUCCAUUAUCGCAGCCUGCUUUCCAGGAAGUGCCUGACCUCAUUUAUAAGUAUACUCAUUUCUAUGUGCCAGAUUACAACUUUUCCCUAUAAUAGUCCUUUAAAGUAAUGCAGUUAUUAAUUUUCUAUUUUUUUCUGCCCCUAGGCAACGUAAAACAUAAAUGGAUGUGAAUAUAAAUUUGUUUUUCAUUCCAAACAAUAUUCCCAGCGAAACAUGACGCAUUAUCUCAAAAAUAAUGUUUACCAUAAUACAAAAUGUAUUUAUUUUAAAUGAAAAUCAAACACCUUUAUUCGUUGAAUGACGAAAAAACUUUAAACAUAUCCUGCAUAACUUAUUUAUACAUAAAAUAAUUCUAAUUCCAUGUUCUUUUUUGAAACAUUUGCUAUUUAUACUUCUUACAAUACAUUUACAGCCUUGGCCACGACUUAAGUAACGGAAUUUUUGGAAAUUUAAGUUGAUGGUUUUUCAAAGUUAAACUAUGACAAAAGUAGAAAUUCGAAAUAAAUCCCAUCGUUUUUAAGAAUGUAUGGUGAUCACUACUUCGUGAAACGGAAACAUUAACUCUAAUAAUAAAAUCAUAUUGCAUAAAACCGCAAAAUCUCAUUUGCUCCCUUACGGACCGAUAUUCUUACGUAAUUACCAGUGAUGUAUAUUAUAUAAUUAAUAAAUCUGUCUAAUAUCCAUGAUGUUUACACUAUACCGUUGGGUAUUACUAUCUUACAUAACAUUUAAUGUGUGGCAUUUUUCUAAGUAGUAUUAUAAACGAGAGUUAGUGUGGACUUGGUGUCAUAUGUAUGUACCCGCACGUAACUGUGAACACGUAU